CCUCCGCCGCCGGAGGCGGCCCGCGGGCAAGGGCCGCGCGAUGUCGCACGGAGCCGGGCUCGUCCGCACCACGUGCAGCAGCGGCAGCGCCCCGGGAGCCGGAGCCGGCGCGGGGCCGCUGGGCGUGAGCUCCUUGGAGAAUCUGCUGGAUCCCAUCUACCCCCGCACCCACGGGGCGAUACUGAAGGUGGCGCAGAUGGUCACGCUGCUGAUCGCCUUCAUCUGCGUGAGGACCUCUUUUUGGACCAGCUACAGCGCCUACAGCUACUUCGAAGUGGUCACCAUUUGCAACCUGAUCAUGAUCCUCGCCUUCUAUCUGGUGCACCUCUUCCGCCUCUACCGCGUGCUCACCUGUAUCAGCUGGCCCCUGUCGGAACUCCUGCAUUAUUUAAUCGGUACCCUGCUCCUCCUCGUCGCCUCCAUCGUGGCAGCUUCCGAGAGUUACAGACAGAGCGGACUGGUGGCUGGAGCGAUCUUCGGUUUCCUGGCCACCUUCCUCUGCCUGGCGAGCGUGUGGCUGUCCUACAAGAUCUCGUGCGUGACCCAGUCCACAGACGCCGCCUGACGCCCCCAGGUUCCCCCAGCCCUGUAGGAGGCCCUGCAGGACGUGUGCCUCCGCGGAUGGAGAGUCAUGAGCUGGCGACCCCAGAAGAAACCGGGGUCUCGGGCCUCGCACCGGAUCCCCCGGGUGGGAGGC